ACACGAAAGAAAAUUUUCUUUUUUUAUUGUUGUUCGCAAAGAAGUCUGUGAGCGAACCUACAGUCGGCUUCCAAUUGUGCGAAGCUUAGUUACGCCUUGCUGGACACGCCCACAGAGCGGCUGCGUGACGCAACAGUCUCGCGUGAUGAGACUUGUGGCGUCGGGAUUUUCUGUGAGACAGGAUGCAAAGAGCUUGCAAUUAACAGCUUUGCGGGACGUGCAAGUAGCGAUCCGAGAUAUAUAAGGAGCCAUCGGAGACUGGGAGCUGUGUUAGGAAAAGCAAUACUCUUAUACACUAUGCUGGCGUUAUCCUGGCAACCCUGGAGUCCUGCCAUGUUAAUAAGAAGUCUUGCAUGGUAUGAUCACAGGGCACUGUAGGUUGAUGUUGUGCAUCGUUCCUUGAAACAUAUAUUCUAUAUAAUCAGAGAAGCCGAUGCAGUCUUUGAAGAGGACAAAAAUGUUGUAUGAUCUGUAACCACAGCUGUCCCAAGGCAAAGAUGGUGUAUCCAUGCCAUCGCCCUAGAGUUGUACCACAGCAUCACCCUUUCUAGAAGAGUUUAGUGGUGGACACGGACCAGGUGAUGCAGGAAAAGUGAGGCGAUACAUGGGCAGGUCUAAUAAUAAGCCACUUGACCAGUAUAUUUCUGUGCAUGUUACAAUAAACAUAUUUUGAUCUGCACUUCACUUCCAAAAGACAGUUGCCGCUUGCCCACCCCUAAUCCGGGCCCUGCCUUUGACACAUUUUUGCAUUAAUCAGUCUGCUAUGACAGCACUGAAAUGAUCUGCUUUUCUGCAUUAGAACUCUGUUCAAUGACUUUUGAAAGUGUUCCCUAUUGGCACUACACACCAGACUAUUAAAAACCAGAUUGGAACCCAUUUCCUUUGCCCAAUUAUGUCAGAGUGCUGGCCUCAAACACAGGUUCCCCCUCCGACUUUGCAGCCCUCGCAGCAACAGCCUUCACAACAUCCUGGAGCAGUCUCACUGGCAGAACACCCUAUUUCCACUCCGGGCUCAGCAGAGAGUUCUCUGGGCUGUGCUGUUUAUGGAAUUCUACUGCAGCCAGACUUGGGCAUUCAUCACCACCCCUUGCCACCCAGUGAACCCCUUCAUAAGUGUGGACUGUGUGGCCAUGACCUGUCACACUUGCCGAAUCCUCAAGAGCAUCAGUGUAUGCCCUCUGCAAGCCAUGACCGCUCUUUCCAAUGUACACAAUGUUUAAAGAUCUUCCACCAGGCCACAGAACUCUUGGAGCACCAGUGUUCACAGGUGGAACAGAAACCCUUUGUAUGUGGUGUUUGCAAGAUGGGUUUCUCACUCCUUACUUCACUAGCUCAGCAUCACAAUGUGCAUAAUGGUGGCUCUCUAAAGUGUUCUAUCUGUGAAAAAACCUACAAAGCCACUGAGGCAGAGCGGGUCUGCAUACCCACUGUCCCUCCUCCUCCUCCAGCUCCUCCUGCCCAGUCAGCACAGGAAUCCCAUGACAAACCCUUUUGUUGCACUUUGUGCCAAAAACCUUUUAAGCAUCUGUCUGAGUUGUCUCGGCAUGAGCGGGUGCACACAGGAGAGAAACCAUACAAGUGCACAUUGUGUGACAAAAGUUUUAGCCAGUCCUCACAUCUUGUACACCACAAGAGAACACACAGCUCAGAGAGGCCCUACAAGUGUACAGUUUGUGAUAAAAGUUUCAAACACAGAUCACAUCUGUUGCGCCACAUGUAUGCUCAUGCAGGCGAGCAACUGUUUCAGUGUCAGACUUGCCAGUUACGUUUCAAAGAAUCUUCACAGCUACUCCAGCACCCAUGCACACCAGCAGGAGAGAGACCUUUUCGCUGCAGUGCUUGCCAGAAAACCUUCCGCCGGCCAUCUGACCUAAGACAACAUGAGCGUACACAUAGUGAAGAAAGGCCGUUCCACUGCGACCUUUGUCAAAUGAGUUUUAAGCAGCAGUAUGCACUGAUGAGGCAUAGGAGGACACACAAAGUAGAGGACCCUUCCAAAUGCACCUUAUGUGAUAAAACUAUGGUACAGCCAUCACAGCUUUUGUUUCACCAGCAUGGGGCUGAAAGCAUUUUCAAGUGCAAUGCUUGCCAGCGUGGUUUUAGUCAGUCCCAGGAAUUACUGCGGCACAAAUGUGGGCAAAGCAGUGCUGACCGACCUUUCCAGUGCAGUGUAUGCCACAAAGCAUACAAGCGUUCUUCUGCCUUACAAAAACACCAGACUACACACUGUGCAGAAAAGCCUUUACGAUGCACCGGCUGUGAGCGAAGGUUCUUCUCUUCCUCUGAGUUUGUACAGCAUCGUUGUGAUCCAGCACGAGAGAAACCGUUAAAGUGUUCAGACUGUGAAAAGCGUUUCAAAUAUGCAUCAGACCUUCAGAGGCAUAGGCGGGUACACACGGGUGAAAAACCAUACAAAUGCUUGUCUUGUGACAAGAGUUUCAAGCAACGGGAACAUCUCAAUAAACAUCAAAGUGUGCACAACAGAGAGCAACAAUACAAAUGCUUAUGGUGUGGAGAGCGAUUUCAUGAACUGGGACAGUUACAGGAGCAUAGUGCUCAACACACUGCAGAUGGCACAUAUCAGGUGGCAGCCUGUCUGCCUUGAAAAUACUUUUACCUCUUUGUAUUACUAAGACAUCACCUGUUUUACAGCUUAAAACAAGAACAUAUACCAUUUUCAUUCUACCAAGCCUGUGUUUAUAGCUAGUAGUACCAUGUGAUCAAACAUUCUUCUAUGUAUAAACAUCUUGUAGUAACUAAACUAGGUGAGCAGAAAUACCGCACUGCAGUCAUCCAAAGAUACAUAUGGUUUUUAAAAUAAAAUUAGACCUAAAGUCUUCCUGGUGGUUCUUAAAGCCCUAUUAACGCCUGCAGAUAUUAUUACUUGAGCAUUUUGUUACAGUUAAGUCACAGUAAGAAGAUCCUCAAAUCCUAGCGAGUUUUAGACAAGUUCUGCCAUGAGAACACUAAUCAUAAAUGGAAAGAAUAUGUUGUAACAGCUGUAAGCACCUACACGUUAAUACUUCAGAUAAAUGAUACUGUAUGUACUGUAUUCCACUAGACACUCUGUAUCAGCUGUCCAUGGGGGCAUUGUACCAAACAACAGGAAGUGAGCUAAGAAUUGGAUUUAUAGUUUUAAAAAAUAGUUGCAGUAUAUUAGAAAUCUUAAUGUAUAACUUCAUCUACAUGUAAACCUGUUAGUGUCACAACAUACUUUUUCCAUAAUGUAGCAAGUUAAUUGGUGUUCUCAAUCAAGUACAUAAAUGUUUAUCUUCAGUAACA